UUAUUCACACUUCCGUCCAUUAAAUAUCUGAAUGAACAGUUAUUGUGGUGGGAAACCUAAAUGACAAUUUCAGGAAGUGGGUGAUUAAAGAAAACACUUGGAGUGUGAAAAGUGGACCAGAAUAGCGCGUGCGCUGAUGACACAGAAAUAGACUUCGGAGCUCCUCCUCAUUUGACUUACAGGAAGACCGAACAAACCUGCUGCAGUUAGACCUGAGCGGACGAACGUCCCUCUGCACGGGAAAAGUGAUGUGGGCUCAAAAAGUGGGGGAACAGCUGGGCCACCCAACACGAUCAGUAGCAGGAUGGCUGGUCAGUAAGUUCCUCAAAACGUACAACCAGGUCCUCGAGGAGAAUACUGUGCGGCUGAGUGGGAUCCAGCCUGGGGACACAGUGCUGGAACUGGGUCACGGCCCAGGUUUGGGUCUACAGUCAGCAGCCAAACUGCUAACAGAGCCCACAGGCCGCCUUAUAGGGGUUGAUUACUCAGAGUACAUGCAUCAGAUGGCAAGUGAACGACUGAAGGAACUUGUGGCAUGUGGGAAAGUGACACUACACCACUGUGAUGUCGCAGCAUUGCCGCUGGCAGACAGCAGUGUGGAUAAAGUCUUCCACUGUAACUGCUACUACUUCUGGCCUGACCUCAAGAAAGGAGCUUCAGAGAUUCACCGGGUAAUGAAACCAGGAGGCCUGAUGGUGACCACGCUGAGGCUGUCCAGUGUAGCUGCUUUUGCAGCAAAGCGAGUGUUGCCAGGGGAGAACUGGCGCCCGGAGGCCUACAUGGCAGCUCUGAGGGAAUCUGGCUUCACUGAUGUCAGAAUGGAGGACAAACAACACAAACACAUUACUUUUCAGGCUAUCUACGCCACUGCCUUAAAAUAAGAAAUUGUGUAUGCUCUA